UGACCCCGUAGUAGUUUUGGGUACCACCGCCGUGAGGAGAACGAUGGACCAGGAUGGCUUGUUCCUCAUGCUCAAGAUGUGCAACGGCUGCAGUCACAACAAGGGGAGCUGGAAGAAGUGCAUGUCAAGGAGGCACAACCCCAGGAUGUCCACGGUCCGUGAGGACGAGCUGACGAAUAGCCACCGACAGUGCGUCAAGCCGGACCAGGCCAUCACCAUCUACAAGCUCCACGACCACGAGACGAACGAGGACUACCUGGAGUUCGACGAGGAGAUUAUCUUUCAGACGGCGUGCCGCAUGUGUCUCAACAUCAAGUCCUGCCUCAGGCUAGGGAAAGUAUUUUCAGCCACGUUUGGCAAGGGUGGCAAGUCUGCGGGUCCUCUCAAGGGCGGUAGGGGGCGGAGGAGGAGUGCCCCGGAAAAGCUUGGCGACAUCCACGAGAUGGAGAUCGAAACCGAUUCUUCAGAGGUGUGCGAGCGGCCACACAAGCGACGCGGCAAGGCGGGCACCCCGGCGAACCCUGCGGCGGUUACACUUUCCCCGAAGGCGAUGCGGCGAGACUCCUUCGCCGCGUCUCCCGCCGCCGCCGCCUGCGAGUACGACGACGACGACGACGAGGAGGAGGAGAAGGAGGAGGAGGAGGAGGAGGAGGAGGAAGAAGAAGAGGCGAUGAUGAUGGUUUCCGACGGGGACGCCGGGCUUGGCGUCACCUCCCCGCCGCCCGUUCCCACGACCGUUGCGGAGAGGCUAGAGUUGGUUAAGGGCGAGGAGGCCGAGCUGCUGCGGGAGUUUGAGGAGACCCACAAGCGGAUCGCCCAGGAGGAGGAGGCGAAGCGUCAGGAGAUGGCGAGGUUCCAGCGAGCCGGUGAGGCGGCCCUGCGCGCGAUGCAGAAGGAGAAGGAGGAAGCUUUACAGCGCAUUUCGGCGGAGCGCAAGUGCAAGGCGGCGGAGCGUAAAGAGCUGUUGCACCAGCGCUUCAAGGAGUUCGAGGCCGAGGAGACCGAGCUCCGGAUCGAGGCGAGGGAGAGAGACGCCCGCCUUGAGGCCGAGAAGGAGCAGCUCGCGAAGGACUCCUCCGUGGCCGACGCCGCGGUCGCCGCCGGCAGCGGCGACACGCCCGGCGGCGACGGCACCGGAGGUGACGGUCCGGAGUGGGCGUCGGACAAGUGGAUCCUUGCCGGGAUGAACGGCGGCGGCGGCGGCGGCAGCGCCAAGCUUCCCGUCGCGGAGAGACCGCCGGUCUACGUGAGGGACCAGAAGGCCGACGCGAAGGCGGCGGCGGUUGCCAGGCUUCUGGCGGGUGGCGUGGUAGACGCGAGCGGCGCCUCCGGUGGCAGCGAACCGUUGGACAAGGAGGAGGGGACAGAGCCUGCGAGCGCAGAGGCGUCGCCAAUGUCGGAGAAGGCCUCGGGGGUGUCCAAGGGCGCCGAGGCACAGGAGGACGUGGCGGUUCCGACGGCAAUGGUCGAAGACGGGGAUGAGACGCCGCCGCCGCCGCCGCCGGAGUCGGCAGCGGCUCUGGGGGGUGGUCCCGCCGAGGCUAGCGGAGAUGCCGACGGCGGAGGCGUUGUGGUUCCAAACGACACCGACCCGGAGGAGGAGGAGGAAGACCCCGCUUUAGCGGCCGUCCCUGCAGCCGACGACCAGUGCAGCGGCGCGAAAGAACCGAAGGGCGACCGCAGAGCGAAUGGCGGGGUCGUUUCUCCCGCUGCUGCUGCUGCUGCUGCUGAUGCUGCUGAUGCUGUUGAUACUGUCGAGCCGCCGAGCGUCGCGGCGCUGUGAGGGCCAAAAACUGGACGCUCUGACCGCACUCGUCAUCGUUACUUUGUUGCGUAU